CCAGAAUCACCACAUCUCACAAAAGGAUAUCGCAUCAUGGCCUCCCACGGCCCGUUAUACAUGGGUUUCGACCUGUCCACGCAACAACUCAAGGGAAUUGUCGUCGAGUCCAAUCUCAAACUGAUCCACGAAGCCAAAGUCGACUUUGAUGCAGAUCUCUCCACCUAUGGCAUCGAAAAGGGCGUCCUCACCAACCCUGCAGAAGGCGAAGUCUUCGCGCCGCCUGCAAUGUGGCUAGAUGCCAUCGAUCUUGUUCUCUCCCGCCUCCGAGAAGCUGGUCUGGAUUUCAACCGAGUCAAAGGUCUCUCUGGAGCGGGAAUGCAACAUGGAACGGUCUUCUGGUCCCGAGAUGCGAGUGCACUUCUCUCGAAUCUGGAUUCUGGGAAGUCGUUGAAAGAACAGCUGGAGACUGGAGCGUUUGCGCAUGAUAUGAGUCCGAAUUGGCAGGAUGCUAGCACGCAGAAGCAGUGUGAUGCUUUUGAUGCGGAGUUGGGAGAUGCGGAGACUUUGGCGGAGGUGACGGGGAGUAAGGCGCAUCAUCGAUUCAGUGGGCCGCAGAUUCUGAGAUAUCGGGAAAAGUAUCCCGAACAUUAUGAAGCGACCGAGAGGAUCUCGUUGGUGUCGUCUUUCCUGGCGUCGGUGUUUCUUGGUGGGUUUGCGCCGAUUGAUAUUGCGGAUGUGACUGGUAUGAACCUCUGGAAUAUCAAGAAGGGGGCUUGGGACGAGAGACUGUUGGCACUUGCAGCAGGUGGCAAGCAUGGUGUGGAAGAGUUGAAGAAGAAACUGGGAGAUGUACCAGAGGAUGGCGGCAAAGCUUUUGGCUGCAUCAGUGACUAUUUCGUUGGAAGAUAUGGCUUUCCGAAGGACUGUCAAAUCAUCCCUACCACCGGUGACAACCCAUCGACCAUUCUUGCGCUCCCUCUCCGAGCUUCCGACGCGAUGGUAUCACUGGGCACAAGCACGACGUUCCUGAUGAGCACACCCCAAUACAAGCCCGACCCUGCGUACCAUUUCAUGAACCAUCCCACCACGUCCGGUUUAUACAUGUUCAUGCUCUGCUACAAGAACGGCGGCCUCGCCCGAGAACAAAUCCGCGACCAGCUCUCCUCAUCAAAAGACUGGGACCAAUUCAACUCCGCCGCCACUUCCACACCCCCUCUAUCCCAAAAAUCCCCCUCCGAUCCCCAGCGACUCGGUCUCUACUUUCCCCGUCCAGAAAUCGUCCCCAAUCUCCCUGCAGGCCAGUGGCGAUACACCUACAACCCACACUCCCACAACCUCACCGCCACAGCCUCCUCCUCCGACUUCAUCACCGACGAUGCCCGCACCAUCAUCGAAUCCCAAUUCCUCUCUCUCCGCCUGCGCUCCCAACCACUCGUCCACUCCGCCAAAGACCCCCAAACAGGCCAACUCCUCCCUCCACAACCCCGCCGCGUCUACCUCGUCGGCGGCGGCUCCGCCAACCCGGCCAUUGCGCAAAUCGCCGGCCAAGUCCUCGGCGGAGUGGAAGGCGUAUUCAAAUUAGACAUUGGAGGGAAUGCGUGCGCCUUGGGCGCAGCGUACAAAGCUGUGUGGGGCUGUGAGAGGAAGUCUGAUGGUGGUGGUUAUCAGACGUUUGAGGAUUUGAUUGGGGAGCGAUGGGAUGAAGAUGGGUUUGUGAAGAGGGUUGCCGAGGGGUAUACGAAGGGUGUGUUUGAGCAGUAUGGAGAGGCGGUGGAAGGGUUUCGGGAGAUGGAGAGGGUGGUGUUGGAGGAGCAGGGGAGGACGGCGAAGGAGGCGGCGGCUACGCAGUCUGUCAGAGAUGGGAAUGGGACUGCGCGGUAGUGUACCUAGUUAGGUGGUAAAAAGCACGUACGUGCAGAUUGCUUGCCAUGUAGCAUUUUCAUUGAGAAUUUG